AUGCUUUCACGCGCCGCCUUGCUUAUAACCACCAUGCCUGCGACGCGCUCCUCUUCGAGACUCAAGCGCCCACUAAGCACGACACCAGAGCCGCCUACACCCAAAAAGUCCAAGCUCUCUCCUACUAGUAGUACGACUUCGUCCGCCGUUGGCGCGGCGGUUCCGCCGAUCUCGGUUGACUCAGGCUUGGACUCCAUUCCUGCUGAUGCAGUCUUGACUUUCUCUUUCAACGACGCAAAAAAUCAUUUAAUUACUGCGGAUGGUCGGUUUGCCGACGUUUUUGCACGUCUGCCUUGUAGACCAUUCGAGGAGCUUGAACAACUCCACCCUUUCCGUGCUCUGUCAAGUGCUAUACUGGCCCAACAAAUAUCCACACUUGCGGCACGGUCCAUUAAGCAUCGCUUUAUCCGUUUGUAUGACCGCGAAAUACCGGAAACUUAUGCAGAGUACACUGGAUCCUUCUUCCCUACUCCUCAACAGGUGGCGCAAACUCCAUUAACCACCCUGCGCACGGCCGGGUUGAGUCAACGCAAGGCUGAAUACAUCCAUGAUUUAGCCUCUCGGUUCGAAGACGGCCGACUGUCGACGUUGAAACUUGUUCAAAGCAGCGAUGAGGAAUUGACAGAACUUCUUAUAGCAGUGCGAGGAAUUGGGCAGGUGUGUGUCCAACUUCAAUUUCUUUACUUUAUUGACGAUGAAACAGUGGACAGGCCAGUCUUUUGUGCAGCAGCGAAAAUUUUGAAUAAACUUCAGACGCAGUGGACAUGUUUGCUCUAUUCUCACUUCGGCGACCAGACAUUCUGCCAGUCGGUCAGCGAUCUUGGUGUCCAGCGUGGACUUGUUCGAUGGUUUCUCGCUCAGCACUUGCCAUCUUAUGCAUUCUCCGUAUCCCCCCAGAAAAAUGAUUCGGCAUCACCGAAGAAAAGAAGCAAAAAGGCUCAAAAAGACUCUGAUGACGAGCUCCCGGCUUUGAACAGUCAAACUGAAGACCAUAAUGCUCGACCAUCGACACCUCCACCACCAGAAGACAGUGGAAGUGGGGCUGUCCCUCUACCACCAACAUUUACACCCUCGAUCCAGAGGACUUUGAAGAAGACUUUCAUUGAAAAGCCACCGCCGCCACCUCUUCCAGCGGGUCUCACCGUUUCAGAACUCAGGAGUCGUCUCGAUGGCAAGAAGAAAGUCAAAGGCGCUUUUCUUUCUCCUGAGCAUAUGGAGCAGUUGACGAACCCAUGGCGGCCAUAUCGUAGCUUAGGCGUCUUUUAUAUGUGGGCAUUGGCGGAUGCUGAGACGUAA